AUGCCUAAGAAUCCGCUCAAGAACUUUGCCCGUCGCAAAUCGUCUGGAAACAUUCUCGACCUCCCUUCAGAGUCCACAUCGCCCCCACCCGCCUCGUCUAGCUUCCGUGUCCUCGAGAGACCCGACAAGGCAGCUACAGCGGGUAACGGUGGAUACCCUGGAGGUCCUGUGAAACGGACAAGCGGCGGGCGGCCAGCAUCGAGCAUCCUCCUGAACAGAAGAUCAGACAAGUCGCAGGAGGAUCUGCUCGCAAGCGCAAACAGGUCGGUCCUUGAAAAGAGCCACGCUCGACCACACACAGUCGAUGGGUUGCUAAAUCUGGGCAGGGGCAGUGGCGGAACAGCCCUUUCGGGUUCUUCAGGCUACUUUGACAACUCGUCGUCCUCUGCACGCUACAGCUCUUCGUCCACUCUUCCCUCGUCAAUUGAGGCAGAACACGAAGCAGACAACGAAGACCUCUUCCCCCGAAAAACAGCUGCCAACGGCAACAGCAACCUAAGCAGCAAUCGUUCUUCAGCAGCAUCCAACGCACUUCCAGAGCCACCGUCAUUUACAGCCCGCGCUGGCAGGGCUAUGUCCUUUGGUUUGAGAAGCAAGCAAAGCGCUAGCCCCGGCACCAUGACUGCUGCCACAGCUCACAUGCCUGACCUGCCUGAGAAUAGUCUGAUUCGUGAUCGCGCAACAACAAUGAGCAGCAAUGCCAGCACUGCCGUACCACCGAGGCUCGAUGCCAACCUGGGUUCCAUGUCAGACUUUGGCAGCGACUUUGGCAUGAACAUGUUCGAAGGAUUGAACUCGCCCAAGAAGGUAGCACCGCCGCAACCUGCAUACGAAACCUACGGCAGAUCGGUACGUCGCCAACAAUCACCAGGCUUCAACAAUUACAACAACGCUUACCAGCAUCAUUCAUUUCAACAGGCAUCUCAGCCCCUACCGACCCCUCCUGUCGCGCGUCCUGAACCUUCUCCAUCACCCGAGGCCGAACCUGAAUCUGAGGCCGAGCCUGAGACUCGCCGCAGACCGGCAAAUCUGUCUGCUGCAUCAGCAAACCGUUAUUCAUGGGCCAGCCGAACUUCAAACGACGGAUUGAUGUCGCCAGCCAUGGGCUCUGAUAUCUCGUCUCCUCCUCUGAAUCCUCCCUCGACCUUUUCUCGUUUCAGACCUGGUUACCAAGCCGUGCCUGACCGCUACGGCUCCCCCGCCAACGAACCCGAGCACGAGAGACGGAAUAGCUAUUCUAGUGACGAUGAUGUUUCUCAUCCUAUUUCAAGAGCAAGAUCGCCUCUAGUUGAGUCGUACACAGCAACGACUUCCCCACAGAAAGCCACACCAGCGAACCGAAACCCAACGAUCGCGACAGUCAGUAGGGAUGACUCGAAUUCCAUCUCAACAGGCGAAUCUCAGCACACAACUCCUCGGGCCAACAAUCUACGUCCCACAAGCAACACUUCAGAUGGCAUGUAUGACCACUCUCCUAAUGGACCUACUAGCAGAGCCGUGCACCCUGCAGCUGCUCCGGUUGCUCCCAGAAGCCAGUCUGCACAGUUCUCUCCUACUAAGAGAAUGACAAGAAAGGAGUUUGAGGCUCAACGCAAAGUCAUUAGUCCUGAAGAGAGUGAAGACUCCGAAGUGUCCGAGGACGAAGGCUACGACGACGAUGAUGAGGCUGAACGUCAAGCAGAGCUUGCUCGCCAGAGGCGCAAGCAGGAGGCUAACAUGUCAGUCUACAGGCAGCAGAUGAAGAAGGUCGCAGGAGGAAAUCCAUCUGAGCUUCCAUCGCAAACCAGCCGCCCAAGCCUGGAUCGUGCCUCGUACAGCGCACCUGGUCUCACUAGGGACUUUUCCAAUGUCAGUCUUGGUGCAGAGCAAGAGGACGAGGACGACGAAGUCCCUCUAGGUAUCCUUCAGGCUCACGGUUUCCCUAACAAGAACCGUCCCCCUACUCGCCUUGCAAGCGCUCCUCCAACUCCUGGGGGUGCCGGAUCGGUUGUUAAUGGCGGUAUGGGAGGUGGUAACCUUCCUGUCUUUGCUCGCAAUCUUCCUGCAGAUCCCUACUUCGGAGCUGGUCUCGUCAACCCUGCCAACCGCGAGCCACUCGCUUUCGGUUCUGGCGGCUCAGUGUAUGGUGGAGCCUCUCCUUCCAUGCACCAACUGCCUCAGAUGCCUCAGAUGCCUCAGAUGAUGCCUCCACCGCAAAUGCCCGGCAUGCCUCAAGCGGGAGGUGGCCUCGUUGGCGUCAUUGCUGGUGAAGAGCGUGCUCGCGCUGCUAGACGUGUCAAUCACAACGGCGGUCCUGCCUUCAACGCGAAUGGACUUCCUCUCCCUGGAAACAUGCACAGUAACAUGCCUCCGAUGAUGCCACGAUCAAACUCGAUGAUGAGUAUGGCUGCACCACAAAUGGGUAUGGGUGGAUUUAUGCCACCAAUGCCUCAAAUGCCCCAGAUGCCUCCGAUGAUGGGCGCAGAUCAAAACCAGCAGCAAAUGAUGCAGUUGAUGUUCCAACAGACCCAGAUGAUGCAGCAGAUGAUGGCGAUGCAGAAUGGUCAAAUGCAGCAAAUGCCCCAAAUGCCUCAGAUGAACAAUGGCUUCCCCAAUAUGUUGCCAAACGGAAUGCAACGACCUGUGUCUAUGGGUGGGCCUAAUGGACAGCAACCUGGUAUGCUUGGGCCCCAGGGUCCCAUGCACCCUCAACAACAGAGAUCGAGCACAAUGACCAACUUGAAGCCUCCGGGCUAUGCUGGAUCAAUGUAUGACUAUAGCCUUAGCGCACCUCGCGGAGGCUACACUCCCUCCAUCGCGCCUAGCGAGCGUAGCAACGUCGGUAUGCCAUCUCGCUACCGCCCUGUGACUAUGGAAGGUUCCACUAGCCGCACAGCAAGCAUGACUUCACAGUCUGGUAUCCAGAAUUUCGCUAAAAAGAACGCUUCGACUGGCUCAUUCUUGAACCCCAACAACAUCCCUGCAAGCAACGGCAACAACGUACCACGAAACACCAUCAAGGUUAUUGAUAAGCCUAAAGGCUCACCGAGAAUGCCUCAACCCAGACCUGACGAAGAGGACGACGACGAAGGUUGGGCACAACUGCGCAAGAAGAGGGAGGAGCGUAAGAAGCGCGGCACUGCCAGCAAAACCCAGGAGCAGACUCUGGAAGAGCUGUACCAGGACUUCAACUAG